AUGUCUGCUUAUAAAAACAGCGUGUGUUUUAACGAGGCCAGGAGAGUGGCUAUUUUCGGAGGGACGCACGGGAACGAGAUGUCAGGCGUGACGCUCGUGAACCUGUGGGUGAAGAACAGCGCAGAGAUCCAGAGGAAAGGGGUCGAGACCAAACCGUUCAUCGCCAACCCGAAGGCUGUGGAGAAGUGCACCAGAUACGUGGACACGGACCUGAACCGAGCCUUCAGCCCGGAAAACCUCAGUGCCCCAGGAGGAGAUGACCUGCCCUACGAGGUGCAGAGAGCCCAGGAGAUCAACAGGAUAUUUGGGCCCAAAGGAAGCCCAGAGGCCUACGAUGUUAUCUUUGACCUCCACAACACAACGUCCAACAUGGGCUGCACGCUGAUUCUGGAGAGCUCCAAAGACCACUUCAAUCUGCAGAUGAUGAACUACAUCAAGAAAGCCAUCGCUCCAGCCAGUUGUCUCGUUCUGCUCAAUGAACAUCCUCUUUUGAAAUAUUCCACUUCACGCUCUGUUGCCAAGCACCCUGUUGGUCUGGAAGUGGGUCCUCAGCCUCAAGGUGUAUUGAGGAGUAACAUCUUUGAAGCUAUGAGGGUAAUCCUGAAACAUGCCCUGGACUUCAUCGAACUGUUUAAUGAAGGAAUGGAGUUCCCCCCUUGUACGGUGGAAGUUUUCUGGGUCUCAGAGAGGAUUGAUUACCCCAGAGAUGCCAAUGGAAACAUCAUUGCCAUGGUGCACCCCAAUCUGCAGGACUGUGACUGGGAACCGCUGAACCCUGGCGACCCUAUGUUCCAAACAUUUGAUGGAAAGACCAUCCACUACCAAGGCUCAGGCACCGUCUAUCCCACUUUUAUUAAUGAGGCAGCCUAUUAUGAAAAACAACAGGCGUUUGUAACCACCAGACGAGAAACCUUGGUAGCAAGCGCCAUCAGAAAAGCAUGAAAACUGGUUUGUGAGGCUAACAGCGACCAUAAAUACAUGUUAGCCACAGCAACGAUCUAUGUAUAGAUUUUGCACUUUGUUCUGUUAGCAAAUGACACUUUCCUCACAUAAUGAUUAGAUACCGUCUUUUACACACUGAUUUAGUUUUCUAUGCGUUUACUAUCACAAAAUCUAUUAACUAUGCAAAGAACAUUUGUGAAGACACUGUGAAAGUCUUUGAUCUGAAGACUGGUAUAUUGCUGUGGUAAGUAUUUGUGAUACUGCUGUUAUUUUAAAGAUAUAUUUACUUUGAAUCAACUAAGCUUUUAUAAUAUUAAAGGCCAGGCCUAAUCAUUGAUGGCUUAUGAAUCAUUAUACAACACUACUACUACUGCUCAGGACGGCCAUUGGGGAUCAUAACCUGCAACUUUUGACCCAAAACUGUACGUUGUUUGUCUUCUUCUAAAAAUAUAUUUGUAACAUCUUUGGGAGGGUGUUUGUGGCCUUUGAUUCUACUUACCUGUAACUCCAGUGGUUGCAUCUGUGGUGCUGUCCUAUCAUUGCCUUAAUAGAGAUUUCAAAGAAAAUUGCACAACAAAUUUGGAGUGGAAUUUGUAGAUUAUAUGUGUUGGAUAACAAGAUAUUAUUUUGAUAAGAAAUGGUAUAUGUUCUGUUCCUCUACACAAAUGGGAUGCAGUUUGAAACAUGUUUUAUAGUAAUAUAUUUGUGUCUAUUUUGAUAUACUUGUACUGUAUGUUUGGUUUUAAGUGAUGUAUAAGACCUAUUGAAUCAUGAAGCAUAUGUACUUUCUAAUAUUUUUAUGUCUUUGUUGUCUCAAAGUAUGUCGCUGUGGUCUUACAGUAAUUAAUUUUUCAUUCAGCAAUAUUUUUUGUAGCACCCUUUAUAUGAUUAGUAAAGUUUACUGUACUUGAAGUCCUGUGGAAAUGAUCCAUUCAAUAAAUGUAGUACUAUGCUA